GAAUACCAGAGCCUGUCUAUUAGACAUUCUCUGAGAAUACCUUUAUGUUGAAGUUAAACAUUUUACGUUGCGUAAAGUACCUGGAAAUUGAAUGCUUUUAUCUGGCCAUCUAGCUAGUUACAAUCUAUUGCUUGAUACAAUGAGCUAAUGUGUCGUCCUUUUUAACAAUUAGAAAUGCUAGCCAGUUAGUUUAGCUAGAGCUAGCUAAGUAACGUUAGCUACCCAGCUAGCUAGGCUAGCUAACUUGGUACAGUGAUAUCGUUCCUGCUAACAUUUGAAGAUGUAUACUUUACUAUCUGGCCUGUAUAAGUACAUGUUCCAAAAGGACGAAUACUGUAUAUUAAUACUUGGGUUGGACAAUGCAGGGAAAACGACCUUUCUGGAACAGACCAAGACCAGGUUCAGCAAGAAUUACAAAGGAAUGAAUCUCUCCAAAAUCACUACGACAGUUGGUCUGAACAUUGGGACAAUCGAUGUAGGAAAAGCUCGUUUGAUGUUUUGGGAUCUUGGAGGGCAAGAGGAACUGCAGUCUCUAUGGGACAAAUACUAUGCAGAAUCCCAUGGAGUGAUCUAUGUGAUAGACUCAACUGAUGAGGAGCGACUGUCAGAAUCAAAAGAUGCCUUUGAGAAAAUGAUCAGCAGUGAGGUUUUGGAAGGUGUCCCACUCCUUGUGCUGGCUAACAAGCAGGAUGUAGAGAACUGUAUGUCGGUGCCAGACAUUAAAACAGCUUUUAGCGACUGUGCUCCUAAAAUCGGGAAAAGAGAUUGUUUGGUGCAGCCGUGUACUGCCCUAACAGGGGAUGGUGUGAAUGAAGGUAUUGAGUGGAUGGUGAAGUGUGUCGUCAGAAACAUCCACCGGCCACCAAGACAGAAGGACAUCACAUAAAGCAAGCAACAACUGUCCACCGCCAGCCAAUAUAGAACUCUUAUACCAGACGGUCACUUUGCUACUGAGUGACAAAAUGCAAAGAAAGACAUUCAAAUUAUACUCCGGUGUCAAACUUUUCCCCCUUUGUCAUUUUUGGAGUGGAUGCAGAUGAACAAUGUUAUCUCUCACAUAAGUUUGCAUUAUAAUUUACACACCUACAGUAUAUGAGAGUUUCAUUGUGUUUUUUAUUGUGACUUGGGUGAGAGGCAAGUAGUACGUGAAGUUCACUGCUUUUCGUGAAACUAGUUGUUCUUUUCAUGGACAGUUUCUCUCUACAAGUAUUCUGUCUGAUCAUGUGGUCCCAGUUGAUAGAUGGAGGACCAGCAGCAGUGAUCUGGCCGACGGUUCCCAAAUCUGUCAUUGGGAACAACAUUAUUCCAUUUAAAACUAUUGUUGAAUUUGAUAUUCAGAUGUAAACUAUUAUAUGGGUGGUGUUAGGCAAUAUGUGAGGAUACUUGAGAUGAAGUUUCAUGUACUUGGGACUGUACCUUGUAGGGGCUUCCCCAUCUCGUAGGGAACAUGUUGAAAGACACAUUUUAUAUUGGUAUUCAAAUCUGAUUGUAGUGAAUAUAUUUCUACACUGCCUAACUUGACUUAUGUCAAUUAAGAAUGUAUAUGAUGACAACAAAUUAUUAAAGUGAAUUAAGCAAAUUAAGUAUUAAACCAAAAUUUCUUGUUUUGCUCCACG